AUGGUCACCUCGCUCCACUUUCUCGCUCUGCUCCCGUUGUUUUACUCCUGUCACGGGCUUCAGUUCAACGACAUAGACGAGGAGACGCCGUUUCUGGACGCGAACUCCAAGUACGGUUCUCUGUGGCCUCUUCCUCAAAAGGUAAAUUUCUCCAAUGUUGCAUUCAAGUUGAGCAGCCUCGGCUUCAGAAUAGUCGACGCCAAAGGAUCCUCUGCUGGACCAAGCUGUGCCCUCCUGCAGUCUGCCUACAGAAGGUACUUUGACUACGUUUUCGAUGGCCCCAAAAAGCAGUGGUCAGGUAAAGGCAGACACACAGAUGUCUCUGAGCUGGGGGAGCUGCAGGUGUGGAUCACAUCACCUGACUCCGAGUGCGAUUCCUUCCCCACAGUGACUUCAGACGAGUCAUAUACACUUACCGUGAAUCAACCUUUCGCUUUGCUGAAGGCGCCAACAGUCUGGGGAGCCUUGCAUGGUUUGGAAACGUUCAGCCAGUUGGUGUACAGAGAUGAGUUUGGAAGUAGAAACGUCAAUGCGACCACAAUCAGCGAUUUCCCUAGAUUUGCACACAGGGGAAUCUUGCUGGAUACGUCACGGCACUUUCUACCUAUAAAAACCAUCUUGACCACUCUGGAAACCAUGGCGAUGAACAAAUUCAACGUCUUUCACUGGCAUAUUGUGGAUGACCCUUCCUUUCCCUAUUUAAGCAAGACUUUCCCUCAACUAAGCCAGAAGGGGGCGUACCAUCCGUAUACACACGUGUACACACCAGCUGAUGUCAAGAUGAUUAUUGCGUUUGCCCGACUGAGGGGGAUCCGUGUCAUCCCAGAGUUCGACACUCCAGGGCACACACUCUCUUGGGGAGGAGGUCAGCCGGAUCUCCUGACCCCCUGCUACUCCGGCGCUUCACCGUCCGGCAGCUUUGGACCCGUCAACCCCAUCUUGAACACAACUUACGAUUUCAUGACGCAGUUCUUCAAAGAAAUCGACUCGGUGUUCCCGGACGCGUAUGUGCAUCUGGGAGGUGACGAGGUGGACUUUACCUGCUGGAAGUCCAACCCAGACAUUCAAGCGUUUAUGAAGCAGCAAGGUUUUGGAGAGGAUUAUAGAAAGCUGGAAUCGUACUAUAUCCAAAAGCUUCUGGAUAUUGUCGCACAGACCAAUAAGGGAUACAUGAUCUGGCAGGAGGUUUUUGACAAUGGCGUCAAGAUAAAGCCAGACACUGUAGUGCAUGUUUGGAUGGGCAACAAUCUACAGGAGGAAAUGAACAAAGUCACUGCCGCUGGAUACACCACCAUCCUCUCCGCCCCAUGGUACUUAGAUUACAUUAGCUACGGCCAGGACUGGCAGAAGUACUACAAGGUUGAGCCGCUAGACUUUGACGGAAACCAACAGCAAUACCAGAACGAGAUGGCACAAAUUACAUCUGCUGGUUUCCACACGUUGCUGUCCACUCCCUGGUACCUGAACCGUAUCUCCUAUGGCCAGGACUGGCAGCAGCAUUACAAGGCUGACCCUCAAGAUUUUAAGGGAACUGACAAGCAAAAGGAGCUUGUGGUUGGUGGAGAAGCGUGUCUCUGGGGCGAGUUCGUAGAUGCCACCAACUUGACACCAAGGCUCUGGCCUCGUGCCAGUGCUGUGGCUGAGCGCCUGUGGAGUGCCAAAGAAGUGAAAGACCUCAACGAUGCCUACAGCAGACUUUCAAGCCACCGCUGCCGUAUGGUGGAGCGUGGAAUCCCGGCAGAACCCCUGUUUACGAGCCACUGCCCUCACGAAUACAAGGGGAUAUAA